AUGCACCGAAAGGCUUCACGUGGGCAGAUUCGGAAGUGUGAUUUAACUGAAUCUCGUUUGGGUGGCGGUGUUUUCGCAGAGGUGCAAAAAUCUACUACAAAUUAUUUGCUUUUAGUCCCUCGGGAAAAUUCUUUGGCAUCUGGAACAAGCGGAAGAUUCAUAUAUGGAGGGUCCCUGCUAUAUUCUAAACUCUUAGUCUCUAGGAAGAUUACAUUGCAUCAUACAAGAAACUUGACGGUUCUUGCAUUUCAUCCGACCAAGACAAUUGUUGCCGCAGGUGAUGUAAGUGGGAGAAUUCUAACCUGGAGAGGGUUUGGUAAUCGUACAUUUUCUGAUGGUGGCAAACUAGAAGAUGGAACAUCAAUGAAUAAUGAGGAAGAAAGACCUGGAGUUAGGGGAGAUGAUGAUGCUGAUUCUUGCACCACAUGGCAUUGGCAUCCUGCUGGAAAAGUGUCCCUUUCUUUCUCUUCUGACGGAGCCUAUUUAUAUUCAGGUGUGUGGAUUUUGAGCAAGUGCAGGUGA